AACUUUAAAGAUCAUAAGUUGAGAUUUUAGAAAAUUUUGUUUAGAAAAUUUUGAAAAAACUUGUGACCACUAAACAUAUCGUUAUAUAUUUAAUUUAUAAUAAAUUUUAAGCCUCAAAUGGCACAAAUGUAAUCCACUCAUAUUCCUGACACCUCGAUGGGCGCCAAUGCAAAAACUUAUUCCCGCUAAAUUCAGAAAGCCUUAAAAGUCAAUGUCGACUUCACUGAGCAGAGUUGUGGACACAAUGGCCCGAGAGGAUCAAGAAGGAAACUCCAUCGCCGCCGUCGCUGUCGCCGGAGAGUCCCACCAACUCCAGCUUCCGGUAAGCCGAUUGAAGAAAAUCAUGAAAUUGGACCAGGACAUCAAGAAGGUAAACUCAGAAGCCCUACAUCUCAUCGCUAGUUCCACUGAGCUUUUUCUCGAAUCCUUAGCAGAAAAAUCUGCCCAAGUCGCGUUGGAGAAGAACAGAAAAACCAUGAAGCUCGAGCAUUUAAGAGUUGCCGUUAAAAGGCAUCAACCUACAAGCAAUUUCCUUCUCGAUUCGCUUCCCAUGCCGCCUUCACAGCCGUCCGAUCCAUCUCCCAAGGUUCAAAGUCGUCGUCGAUUAUCAAAAGACAAGCCACUUCCUUCUGGAACUCGAAGAAUUGAGGCAUUCUUUCAUAAUUGCACUUAAAACUCGGUGUUGAAUGGUUAUGAGAAACGGUUAUUCAUAUUCAGAGUAUUGUAAUUUGAAAAAAAAUGAUUAUUUUCCCUAGAUUUAUGAUUAUGCAUUGCCAGGAAAUAAACUGCCCAUGUGAUGGUUCACUAAAUGGAUUUAAUACAAUCAGCUUUUUGAUUUCA